CUGCGGGGGUGCCCUCUGCGGCUGCGCGCCCCUCAAAGCAACGGCCGGCGCCCCUUUCCCACACUGGACGCUCGUUCGCCCGCCGAGUCCCGCUUACUCAUCACACGCGCAUGGUUCGCUGGCACGCGCUGCACUGCUGCUUGGCGAACGCACCCGAAAUGGUUUAAACAAGAAAAUCAAGCAUCCCAAAAACAAAGUGUACAAACCAUGCCAAGAAUGUAAAUAUAUUUGAAGAGUGGGUUGCAGAAUCCUUUGAGGUGAGAGGAAACUAUAGAACCUUCAGGAGGAGGUGUGAAUGGAGUCUGAAUACCUCAAGAGAUGCCUAGGAAUAUGCUUGGCAAAGGGACUUGCAGAAGUGGUAGAGCAUCGGCCCAUAGACCCAAUAGAGUAUCUGGCAUACUGGAUUUACAAAUACAGGAGAAAUUUAGAUGAAGAACAACAGAGGAAGCAGGAGAGGGCUGAACUUGAGCAAGAGCGUGAGGAGGCCCUGAAAGAACUGGAAAUGUUAGAAAAAAUGAAGGAAGAAGAACUCAUGUUCCAGCAGAAACUUGCAGAGGAGCAGCAGGCUCAGCUGGAACGAGAACAUGAGGAGGCUCAGCUGGAACUAGAAAGGGCAGAGAAAGAGAGAGCAGAAGAGCUGUCCUUGCAGCAAAAAGCUGAAGAGGAAUCGGGGGAUAAAUCAAGGACAUUAGCUGAGCUUACAGAUAAAUAUGGAGCCCCUAAUUUGGCCCGAGUUGAGGAGAUAGAUGAGAGUGGGCAAUCUGACGCUGCACUGAAUCUCACGGCUGAAUCAGAAGAAGAAAACCCAACUGACAUGAAAGUUGAUUCCUGAAGUUUAGUGACUUACUGUAAUUGUGUAUUUAAUAUAUGGAAUGAAUUUAUCAGUGAUACCUGGGGGUUUGAGAGUUAGAUAACAAAAUGUUUUAAGGCAGCUAAUUUAAGGCAAAUAUCAUAAAAAUAAAAAUCAUUCAAAUUCUGGGAAAAACUGAUUUGACUUGCUACUGAUUACUAAUUCAUUUAGUGUUCUAUGCAUCAGGUUGUAAAUACUGUACCUAGAUUCAAUGGAACCAGGAGAGACAAUCUCUUCUAAAGCUGAUACACUGAAUUCCACGUAGUUCACUAAAUAAGACACUUUCAGACAAGUAUCCCAAAACCUAAUAUCCUGACUGGCCUUCAUGAAUAUUAAAUAUUAAUGCUCUAGAAGUAAUCUUAGGGAUUCAUCCUGAUGUCGUUGUCCAAAAAUUCUCCUCUUCUCAUUUAUUAGAUUGGUUACUGCUUCCAUCCAGAACUAGUUGCAUUUCAUUAGUGGAAGAAGUGAUUCCUGGAUGUACACUGUUUAUAAUAAAGGUCUUGAUCUGAGUUCUCUAGGAUCAAUGGGGUUACUCAUGUAUUGAAAAUUUUACAGCUGCUUAAGUGCUUUGCUUUAUGUGGGCUACAAUGCUCAGUACCAUGUAGGAUAGAGUCCAAAAUGCUUUCAAAUGAAAGGUGCUAUCUAGAAUAUUAAAUGAGAGUUGUUAUCUGAUGAAUUCUUGUUAGUAAUGGGCAAACUUCAAAAGGUUUUGAAGUUCACUUCAAAUAGGCAUCAGAUAAUCAUCAUAUCUGAACUUAGCCUGAUUUCCUGAUCAAAGAGAUUUCCAAAAUUCUCUGGUUUUCUCCUGGCCAAAAAUUGCACAAUUGUGGUAUUUUUUUUCUAUAUUUCAUUACUUAUAUUCCCAGUUGAACCGAGCAAGUGCUGAUGUGUCCAUUUAAAAAACAAACUAUAAAACCUUUACAAAAUUCAAAUUUGUUUUGAGUUUGAGCUGGAUAUUUGAUUGUUCAAGUUUUAUCCAAAUGGCUUCUUCUGUUCUUAAUCAGAUUACUUUUAACAAGCAAAUGAUGGUGCGUUGUUGCUGAUUGUCAAGGGUAUUAACUUGCCUGCUCUAAAUAGACACUGACUUGUCUGGAAAGGAUACCAGAAUUGAGAAACUGGAUGCCUCUUGGUUAUAAAAUAAAAAGGUUUCUUUCCACCUCAGCAUCUUGUAGCAGUACAGAUUAGUUGGGCAAUCAACAUUCAGUUAAGAUCAACAAUAUAUAAUAAAAUAUUACUCCAUUACAAAUUCA